GUUACCGCCAAGACUGCCUUCCUGUUUAUCUUACCUCAGUAUAAUGUUAGUGUGCCUACAGCAGAUGGGGAGCUGGUCCAGUAUCACUAUGGGCUGAAGGAUCUGGUCACCAUCCUCUUCUACAUCUUCAUCGCCAUCAUCCUGCAUGCGGUGGUGCAGGAGUACGCCCUGGACAAAAUCAACAGGCGUCUCCAUCUCUCCAAGGUCAAGCACAGCAAGUUCAAUGAAUCGGGACAGCUGGUUGCCUUCCACCUCACCUCCAUGAUUUGGUGCUUGUACGUCGUGGUGACGGAAGGAUACAUAUCAAACCCCCGGAGUUUGUGGGAAAACUACCCGCAUGUUUAUCUUCCGUUCCAGGUGAAGUUUUUCUACCUGUGCCAGCUGGCGUAUUGGCUGCAUGCCCUGCCAGAACUCUACUUCCAAAAAGUUCGCAAGGAGGAGAUCCCCCGCCAGCUGCGGUGCAUCGCACUCUACCUGGUGCAUAUCGCCGGCGCGUACCUCCUCAACUUAACCCGCUUGGGGCUGAUCCUCUUGCUGUUGCAGUAUUUAGCCGAAUUCUUCUUCCACAUGGCCCGGCUGGUCUGCUUCACCGAUGAGAACAACGAGAAGCUGUUUAAUGUCUGGGCUGUCGUGUUCGUGGUCACCAAGCUCUUCACCCUCACCUUGUACAUCCUGGUCAUCGGCUUUGGGCUGCCACGGGUGGAGAACCAGGCCCUCAACCCCGAGAGAGGGAACUUCUUCAGCUUUCUCUUCAACAAUAUCCUCUUCAGAAUGAGUGUGCUGCUGUUGGUGUGCCUCUUCCAGGCUUCGGUGAUGUGGCGUUUCAUCCACUUCCAGCUGCGGCGCUGGAGGGAGUACUGGAACGAGCAGAGCAGUCGGAAGCGAGCCGCUGCCGCCGCCGGCACCAAGCAACAAACCAAGCCGCUCAAGAGGGACUCGGGUUACCACGAAAAUGGAGUGGUGAAAGCGGAGAACGGCACUUCACCGCGAACUAAGAAGCUGAAAUCGCCGUAGAAGCAAAGGCUUGUCUCCUGGGGAGGAGGGCGAGAUACCGGGACUAAGAAGCAGCCCCUCCUCCUGGUCCUCACGAGCGUCGUCUUGAAUGGCUUGGAAACCGGUCAUCUUCCCAAGGUGUCUCUCGCUCUCCUCCCUUCCUUUCUUGCUCUCUUGAACCAUUUGCAAUAAAACCAAAAAGGUCCCUUUCCCCUGCUCCCUUCCCCUUGUAGGAACCUCUUCCA